AUGUCCGUCACCACAACAACAGCGACCGCCGCUCACGCGCCGACCCAUAGAAGUCUCGCCCACCCGCCGCGAACUCUUCGCAAAGCUACUAGCUACACCAGCAACUUCGUCCCCUCCACAACGGCUUCCUCCCCCAGCCUCAACUCGCUUUACAACACUCAUUCGCGCCUGACGCCGUCCCAUCAGACCCUGCCGCGCAAAUCUUCCUUGGCCGCUUUGACUCCCAAAUCACUUGCUUCCAUUCCCGAUGUAAGCGAGUCCUAUGCCUACAACAGCGUGCUAGCCGAGUCACCCGAUCGCAAGAUGCCACCCGCCACUCCCGGUAAGGCCGGGAACGACUUCGUCGUAGGCGAUGUUGUCGAAGUCCCGGGAAACAUGUUUGGCACCGUCCGCUUCAUUGGUUCGGUGGAUGGGAAGAAGGGCACGUUUGCUGGUGUCGAGUUGCACCCCGAGUUCUCGCAGAGGGGCAAGAACUCUGGCGAAGUGGAAGGUGUCUCGUAUUUCACCACGACUCUUCCUGGGGCCGGCAUCUUCCUGCCCCUCAACAAAGCCGUCAGGCGAGAUUCUCCCCCCGGCUCGUCCUACGGCGCGUUUCCUCACACCCCAACGGCGAGUACCAUAGGCGGUCUCAAAGUCGGUACCCAGAACUCAAUGAACUAUACACCUCCCACACCGUCGGUACCGAUGUUUAGCAAAUCUGUCGGGCCAGGCCGAGCUUCUAGCCCUGCGCUGAAGAAGUCGAUCAGCAGGCCUUCCGUCCGGCCAGAGUCGCCCGUGCGAAAACUGCAAAUGACGCCAGGUCCGAGACCGUCUCUGGCAACGCCCGGCAAGAUGCCCUCCAAGUACAGCUCGCCUGCCGUCAAUCGUUUCGCCCAGAGCGUACGUGGGACGUCCGGAGAUCCUAGCAAGGCACCAAGGCUGGAUAGGAAACCAAGCAUUGGGCCGCGCAGUGCGUCUGCCCUCGGCCAGACAUCGAUGUUUGACGAGGAUCCUGCACCACCGGCUACGUUGCAGCGCACACAGACGAAUGGAAGCACGAACUCUGUGUCUUCAUAUAACUCAAAGUUCAGAGUUCCUUCGAGAGCUGGAGCUGGGUCGAGAGCUGCAUCGCGAGCCCAAAACGAUGACGAAAUCGAGCGCCUUAGGACAACCUUGGAAGACCGUGAACGGCAGUUAAGGGACCAGGCAUCCACACUAGCGGAGAUGGAGAGCAGUCUUACCGAGUUACAAACACUCAUGGAGAGUUCGGAUCUCGGAGCACCGAAACGAAAUAGCAUCGAUGACAAGGACACGGCGCAACUUCGAGCAUUGGUCAAAGAGAAGAACGAGAAAAUUGCGAUGCUCACGGCCGAGUUCGACACCCACCGGGCAGACUUCCGCAGCACCAUUGACACCUUGGAAAUGGCUAGCGCUGAGACGGAAAGAGUCUACGAAAAGCGAAUCGAUGAGUUGAUGAUUGAAAUUCGGGAUCUCGAAUCCCGGACUGAUGACGUAGACUCUGUGGCCCGACAGCUGAAGCAACUCGAGGAGCUAGUCCAGGAACUCGAGGAGGGCCUUGAGGAUGCGCGACGCGGCGAAGCCGAAGCUAGAGGGGAAGUCGAGUUCCUUCGAGGCGAAGUCGAGCGCACGCGGACUGAACUGCGCCGUGAACGCGAGAAGACGUCGGCUGCGAUGAACGGAUCUAGAGGGCCAACCGGUGGUGGGGACCGCCCUUCUGGAUCUAAGGAGCUGGAGCAAAAAGAAGAUGAGAUCCGGGGGCUGAAGGCUAUUAUCCACUCCCUUAGUCGAGAUUCUAUUCCAGGUGGCGGUGCCGACAAGUCCGAAGACCCUUCGGUUCGCGAGAACGCCCUGGCCCGGGAAAGAUUGGAGCGCGAGUUGGCCGAGCUUCAUUCCGUUGUCAAAGACAAGAGCCAGCGUGAAGAGGAGCUCGAGCAGGAGUUGGAGAUGCUUCGCAAGGGGGGCGCCACGACCCAGCAGCCCGGUCCCAUGACGAACGGCGAUGCUCAUCGCUCAUCGCUUCGCGAUUCGCGAGACACGGUCGUCUUGAUGCGCAACAGCGAGCCCCAACCCCCCACAGCUACGCACAAGCGCGUCCGUACGCUGGACACGAUGCCGGAGAGCGACGCCUACUCGUCAGUCACCGACAAUAGUACUCUCUGGUGCGAGAUUUGCGAGACUGGCGGUCACGAUAUCCUCACCUGCACCAACAUGUUUGGCACCGAAAGUGCCAAGAACAAUGGUGAUGCCAGCAAGGCGGUCAAGGAUGCUAUCAAAGCGGAUAUGCAGCCCACUCCUGCCAAGGACAAGCCUGCCCCUCUGUCGCCAAUCAAGGCCAAGACUUCGGCUCCUCCUUCCAGUAUCAAGAUGCUGCCGAACCCCAUGGAGACGGGCCCGGUGGCUGGCAAAGAGACGGGCGUAGUGGAUGACUCGAAGUGGUGUGCUGUUUGCGAAAGAGACGGGCACGAAAGUUACGAUUGCCCAUUCGAGGACGCAUUCUAG